AUGCUGAACCGUCACGGUACGCGCCUGGACAUCGGCAGUCCUGAAGACGUCGCGGAGCUCGACGCCGUGGAGGCGCUACAGCGACGGGGCGAGGGUGUCUCGCUCGGCGGGAACUGCAUGAUGCCGGAGCAGGAACUGGGCCACGAGCGUCAUCACUUUAGCCGUUGGUCGAACUCCCAGCAGCAGCAGCAGCAGCAGCAGCUUCCAGUGGGCAUGCACAGGGUAGGCGGUGGAAGCAGCAGUACGCCGCCGCCGCCGCCGCCACCGUACUGA